AAAGAUCUCGCUGACGCCGCCACGCUGGAGGGGAGGUCGCCGCCGUUUCUUUCUUCUUCUUAUCUUCCUGCCGAGUUCGCCGCGGCCUUUUCUUGAAUCUUGAUCCCGUCCCUAGAAGCCGAAUCCAGCUUUCUGAUCUUCGGUUCCUGUGAGGUUCCCUUGCAAUUCGUUGCAGAAAAUUUUCAGAUGCAUUGGCACUCUGAAUGCCUGCUCAACAGCUCAACCAUGAGACUACUGAAGUAGUUUAUCUGCUUUAACUGAUGGAGGGUCUCUCGGAGCCACUGCUUGCAGAGAUCAUCAAGAGGAUUACAAGGACAAGCGAUCUGAAUUCUCUUUCCCUUGUGUCAAAACAGCUCUAUAAUGCUGAGGCAGAGGAAAGGGGUAUUAUCCAUGUUGGCUGCAGUCUUCACCCUGCAACAGAAGUCUUGUCGUCACUGUGCUUCCGGUUUCCCAACUUGUGGAAAGUAGAGAUCAAUUACUCUGGUUGGACGUCCAAACAAGGGAAACAGUUGGACAACCAAGGGAUUCUUGUGCUUUCGUCACAGUGCCCUUUGCUGACGGAUCUCACCUUAAGCUUCUGCUCCUACAUUAAUGACACAGGCAUUGGUUAUCUAGCAUAUUGCAAGAAGCUCAUAGCCCUCAGGUUGAACUUUGCCCCAGCAAUAAGUUCUAGUGGGCUUCUCUCAGUAGCGGUUGGGUGCAAGAGUUUAUCUGCUUUCCAUCUUGUUGACUGCAUGAAAGUAAGCAGUGUGGAGUGGCUGGAGUACCUUGGCAGGGCUGGAUCAGUGGUGGAACUUGUGGUGAAGGAUUGCAAGGGAAUCAGCCAGUAUGACCUCCUAAAGUUUGGUCCAGGAUGGAUGAAGCUUGAAAAGUUUGAGUUUGAGAUCAAUGACAAUUAUUGGUUAGCAGGGCCUCCCCCUGAUCCUUCUUAUGAUGCUCACUACCUGUACAAAUAUGAUAUCUAUUGUGAAAAUUUGAAGGAUUUGAGGUUGGCGCAUAUUAUAACUGUGCCAGAGAUUGGACUUCGUUUUCUCUUAGGCAAUUGCAAAGCAUUGGAGAAACUUUGCCUAGACUAUGUUGUUGGUUUAGAUGAGAGCGAGAUGAUUGCGCUGUUCCAGAACUGCAGCAACCUUAGAAGUCUCUCACUUCGCCUCAUGCCUCUGCGCUGUGGACCAGACAUGGAUUUCAGGACGGCACUGACCGAUGAAAGCCUUAAGGCCCUAGGUCUGAGCUGCCCUAUGCUUGAGUUUGUUGAGCUCACCUUUACAUUUUGUUCCAGUAGUUAUCCAUCAGAAAUAGGCUUCACACAGGAGGGUAUGGUAACGCUGGUUCAGUCUUGUCCUAUUCGUGUUCUCAUGCUUAAUGGCGCUAACAGUCUUAACGAUGAGGGAAUGAAGGGCCUCUCGUCUGCACAAUUCCUGGAGACACUUGAGCUUGUGGAUUGCGAAAGGAUAACUGAUGCCGGGAUGAGUUUCAUAACAUCUACGCCGUCCUUGAGCAGUCUCACUCUCCGACAAUGCAAUAAAGUUACUGAUAAUGGGAUGGCCGAGCUGGCACGUUCACAAAAAUUGGAGUCUUUGACUGUUGUCGGCUGUCGUCGGAUCUCUCAGAAAGCUGUGCAGGGGGCUGCGGGAUUAGUUCACUAUUCUAAGGAGUCUGAAAGCUUCGCCAAUCUAAAAGGAAUGAAAAAGAUGGAAACAAGUACACUGUUCCGCUAAAUAUUUUCAUGAGAGGACCAUCUCGUCAAUUCUGAAGGCCUGGACAGUACAAGACGAAUGGAAGGAUCUUUGGGCGUUAUCUUUGGCUGUUAUUUCCCCUUUCCAUGUAUCAGUGGAAGUUGAGUCAUGUAAAGAAACGGUCUAGGGAUUAUUAUUGUUGUAUCUGUUUCUUUCCGUUUCUUCUUAUGUAUGGUGUGGCUCCUAAUGGGUAAAGUGCAAUCUGUUUUGCUGCCUUGGCUGUGGCACCCACUCUGAAAUCACAGAUCUUCGGUCUA